AAAGAAAACAAAAAAAAAACUCUGCAAAAGUUAAAAAUACUGAAAAAUCUAGUGAGUGGCGUUUGGAGGGAAAAUUGUUAUUUGAAAGAAAAUUGUUGUUACCAUGGAAAUCUCAGAUGAAAACCUCCAAACGUUAGCCAGAUAUCUCCAAGAAACCCUCAACCCAGAGGUCAAUGUCCGUAGACCAGCAGAAAAGUUUUUAGAAGGUGUAGAAGUCAACCAAAACUACCCUCUACUACUACUAAACUUAGUCCACAAACCCGAAGUUGAUAUGACUGUGAGAAUAGCUGGAUCUGUUGCCUUUAAAAAUUAUAUCAAACGCAACUGGACUGUACAAGAAGAUCAACCAGACAGGAUACAUGAGUCAGAUAGAGCUGCUAUCAAGAGUAUGAUAGUGACUCUUAUGUUAACUUCUCCAGAAUCUAUUCAGAAACAACUAAGUGAUGCCAUAAGCAUCAUCGGCAAGACAGAUUUUCCUGUUAAAUGGCCCGAAUUAAUAACACAAAUGGUGGAAAAAUUCGCUACGGGUGACUUCAAUGUUAUAAAUGGCAUUUUAAGAACUGGUCAUAGUUUAUUCAAGAAAUAUCGUUUUGAAUUCAAAUCCAACGAACUUUGGACUGAAAUUAAAUAUGUUUUGGAAAAAUUGGCACAACCUUUAACCAAUUUAUUCGUGGCUACUGUAAAUCUAACACAAACACAUGCAAAUGAUGUUAAUGCACUUCAAACUAUUUAUAGCUCCUUAGUAUUAAUAUCGAAAGUAUUUUAUUCAUUAAACUUCCAAGAUUUGCCAGAAUUUUUUGAAGAUAACAUGCAAAUAUGGAUGCAGCACUUUCACCUGUUACUCACUGUGGAAGCUAAAAAUUUACAAUCAGACACUGAUGAUAGUGUAGGAGUUAUUGAACAACUGAAAACACAAAUUUGUGACAACAUUGCUCUCUAUGCCCAAAAAUAUGAUGAAGAAUUUCGGGAAUAUUUACCACAAUUUGUCACAGAUGUAUGGAGUUUGUUAGUAGGCACAGGAUUAGAACCAAAAAAUGAUUUACUAGUCUCCAAUGCAUUGCAAUUUUUAUCUACCGUAGCCGAAAGAAAUCAUUAUAGAAAUUUAUUUGAAGACGAUCAAGUUUUAAGCAGCAUUUGCGAAAAAGUCAUCAUCCCAAAUAUGGAAUUUAGAGAAUCUGAUCAAGAAUUGUUUGAAGAUAAUCCAGAAGAAUUUACAAGACGAGAUAUCGAAGGCUCAGAUGUGGACACGAGAAGACGUGCAGCAUGUGAUUUGGUUAACACUUUAAGUGUGCAUUUCGAGGAAAAAAUAAUGAAAAUUUUUGGUCAGUAUUUACAAGUCAUGUUAGCCAAAUUCGCAGAGAAUCCCAAAAGUAACUGGCGACACAAGGAUGCAGCUUUAUAUUUAGUGAUAUCGUUAGUCAGCAGAGGAGCGACACAAAAACACGGAGUAACUCAAACCAGUAAAUUGGUAGAUAUUUCCCAAUUUUUCCAGCAAAAUAUUGUAGCUGAGUUACAGCGGCCCAAUGUAGACGAACUUCCUGUACUGAAAGCUGACGCCAUAAAAUAUUUGAUGACUUUCAGAUCAGUGUUGCCCAGUACUUUAGUUGUUUCCAGCCUGCCCCAGUUGAUUAGACAUUUGAGCUGUGAAAGCGCGGUAGUUCACACUUAUGCAGCUUGUUGUAUAGAAAAAAUACUAAUCAUGAGAGAUAGUAAUAAUCAUCCACAUGUGACAGGAGCUCAAAUUCAACCUUUUGCUGCUGAAUUAAUUUCACAAUUGUUUGGAGUUUUGGAGAAGCCAGUAUCUGAAGAAAAUGAGUAUGUUAUGAAGGCUAUUAUGAGGACUUUUUCGACUUUACAGGAUUUAGUUAUUCCAUUCCUUGGAGCGUCUUUGCCUAAACUGACGGAAAAACUACAGGCAGUUGCGAAGAACCCAUCCAAACCUCAUUUUAAUCAUUAUUUGUUUGAGACUCUUUCAUUAUCCAUCAUGAUUGUUUGUAAAUCUAAUCAAGCAGCAGUGAAAUCUUUCGAGGACAUUUUAUUCCCUACUUUUCAAGCCAUUUUACAACAAGAUAUUCAAGAAUUUAUUCCUUAUGUUUUUCAAAUUGUUUCGUUAUUUAUGGAAUAUACUCCUGCAGGGAAUAUUCCAGAAUCCUAUAUGCAACUAUUGCCGUGUUUAUUAGCUCCAGUUUUAUGGGAAAGGCCAGCAAAUAUUAGUCCUCUAGUAAGGUUAUUGAGGGCCUACAUUACACAGGCGGCUCCUCAAAUUAUAGCUCAAGAUAAACUUUCGGGUUUUCUUGGAGUUUUCCAGAAGCUUAUCGCCUCUAAAUCUAAUGAUCAUGAAGGUUUCUAUUUGAUGCAAAGUAUGAUACAAAAUAUCCCGAAAGAAACAUUAGCCCCAUUUUUAAAACAAAUAUUCUUUUUAUUAUUUCAAAGGCUGUCGUCUAGUAAAACAACUAAAUUUGUUGUUGGUUUUAUUGUUCUUAUUUGUCUGUUUAUGGUCAAAUAUUCGGCAAGUGAGUUAAUAAUGCUCAUUGAUGGAAUUCAGCCUCAAAUGUUUGGGAUGGUACUUGAAAAAUUGCUGAUAGCAGAAAUUCAAAAAGUCACCGGGCGAAUUGAGAGAAAAAUCGUAUCUUGUGGUGUUAGUAAGUUAUUAGGCGAAAGCCCUGAAAUGAUUGAUGGUAUUUAUGGAAAAUAUUGGCCACAACUUUUACAAGCUUUGUUAGUAUACUUUGAAAUGCCCCCAGACGAAUCCACUUUGCCCGAUGAUCAUUUUAUCGAAGUAGACGACAUUCCUACUUAUCAAACAUCAAAUGCUCGCCUUAAUUUUGCUAAUACCACAAAGGAAGAUCCUCUGCCAAAUGUAAGCGAGCCAAGGCAAUUCUUGGUACAAAGUUUGAAGAGUUUGAGCAACUCUCAACCAGGCAGGGUGCCUACUUUAAUCAGCAACACUUCGACUCAGUCUCAGACAUGUCUUCAAAAUUAUUUGGCCAAGUUUGGCGUUCAAUUAGUGUAAUUUGUUUUAUCUGAUUUGUUUUUAAAGUUAACACCCCUAAUAAUUAAAUUGGAAGAAAUGAAGCGGGAACAGAAUAAAGAAAUAAAGGAGUCAAUGUUAUGUUUGCAGGUUUUACAUUUUAUUGUUUCAUGACACUUUUUAUUUCCGCUCCACUUCUUCACAUUAUUAUGUAUUUUUUUAAUAAAAAGUAAUUAUUGAGUAAGAUUAUU